AUGAUAACGAAUAAUUACAAGAAGCACAAGAAGCUGUGUCUAAGUAUUCAUCAUAAUAAAGGGCCCAUUUCCGGUAGAAGGCAUAAUAAUUAUUAUGGAUAUAACAAAUAUAAGAAUUAUUAUAAUUAUUAUAAAUUGUAUAAUUAUAAUAAGAUGACAAAUGAUGAAUAUGAAGAAAUGCAAGACGUAGAAAAUAUAGGAGGAGUAGGAGGAUCUGGUGGACCCUGUUAUCGAAAUAUGUCUUCGUUAAAUGAUGUAUAUUCUAAGGGAAGGUAUAAAUAUAAGUAUGCUGAACAGAAAAGAUGUAAGAACUUACCAAGAGAAAAGAAAACGAAUCACACAAGUGACGAUAGCAGUAUUAGUAAUAAAAAAAAUAAUAAUGAUAAAAAGAAAAUCAUUAAAAUAUUAAAAAGACCUACUGAAGAGGAAAUCAAAAAGGAGAUGAAAAUAAAUAAUAAGGAACAAAAGAGUAACGAUAAUAAAAAAGACGAAAAAAGUAAUAAUGGUAAAUGUGAAGAUAAAGAUAAUUCUGAAUUGAAGCAGAUGUUAAAGGAAGGCGAAGCACAUUCCGAAAGAUAUCCCGGAAUGGAUUAUGAACAAGGGGAUAAAAAAAAGGAACAGCAAAAGAGAAAAAAGAAAAAAGAAAAGAAGAAGGAAGGGUCACAGGAUAUAGAAGAAAAGGAAGACAAGCAAAAGAAAGAAAGGAAAGAGAAGAAAUUGAAAAAAAAGGCAAAGGAGGAAAAAUCCAAGAAGGAUAAUAAGACUAUAACAAAAGCGAAAAAAUCGAAGGAUCAGUUCAAGUUUUCAUCAACACAAGAAUUAUUUAAUUUAUUAUUGAAGGAUGUGAAGAAGGAGGAGGACUUUUUAGAAGCCAUAAACGAGUCGAAGGAAAAAGAAGAAAAGAAGGAAGGAGUGGAAACGAAUGCAAAAGAAAAGAGAAGUGUAAUUGACAAAAUAAGUAGUAGAAUUGGAAAGUUAAAUAAUAAAUAUGAGGCAAAUAAGGCAGUGGGUGAAAUGAGGAAGAAAAAUGAUAUGUAUGUGAAAUGUAAGGAAAGUGAAAGGAUGAUAAAAAAUAAGAACAUUAUUAAUACUCCUAGUGGUAAUAGUAGUAAUAAUAAUAAUAAUAAUAAUAGUAAGAAAAAGAAUUGUGAAGAUGAUGAUGUAGGAAGAACUAGUGCAGAUGUAUACCCUAAAGGAUGCAUGUCUCAUGUAAAUAACCUUUUAAAUAGUAAUGGUAAUAAUAGUACUUAUCAUAACCUUGUGGAUAAUAAGGAGAACAUAGAUAAGAUUUACGUAGAUGCUAUGAGUAACCAUCACAAUAACAUGAAUGUAAAUAAUUUUGCGCAUGUGAUGAAUAUGGCAUGUAAUAAUAAUAGUUGUGAUAAGAAAGACGGGAAUGUGGAUGAACAUUCAAAUGUGAGGAUACAUGGGAAAGUAGUGAGUAGUAAUAAUAUGAGGAAAGGAGGAGACAAUAAUAAUGAUGAUAGUAAUAAUAUUACUAUUGGUAAUAAUGAUGUAAUGAGGAACGGAAAGAAAGAUGCAAUGUGGAAAGAAUACGUACUUUUAAAGAAUAAGAAAAGUAAGCAUAAAUAUUACAGUACCAUAAAUAAUAACAACAAUAAUAAUAACAAUAAUAACAAUAAUAAUAAUAAUGUGGAAAAGAUGAGUAUAAAUAAUGUUAGUACACAUUUGAAUAAUAAGAAACAGACGUCGAAGAUUAUGAAGAACCUAGAAAAAAAAUGCCAUAGUAAGUUUGUAACGGUGUUGUUAGGAGGCAAGAGAUUAGAGCAGAAGCAUGAAACAGGGAGUGGCGUGACAAAAGAAGAAGAGGAAGGAAGAAAAAUAAAUAUGAGAGUGGGAAAUGUAAAUUAUAUGAUGAAGUAUGGCCCAUCAGAUAAAAUUAUAUUAAAUGGAAUAAAUCACUCAAAAAAUGAUAACAUAAAUAUGAGUGAUAACAUAAAUAUGAGUGAUAACAUAAAUUUAAGUGGUAAUAACAACAUGAAUAAUGCUAGCCCCAGGUCGAAACCUGGAUCAGGAUCGGUAUCUGUAUCCGGAGCUGUCACGAGCGUAGUUCCCCAAGCCAGUGUUACAAAUUACAAUUUAAAAGGAGAUGUGUCUAAUAACAAAACGGUUAACAUAAAAAAGGAAGAAGAGGCUGGUCAAUUUGUCAUACCUUUAUAUAUGAGAUCACCUAAGCCUGAACAAAUUCCAAUACCUUUAUAUUUCUCCGAGGGAGAAAAUAUAAUAUUGCCUAAGGAGGAGGACAUGGGCGUUGAUGAGAAGAAUCUUAUGAAAGUAGAAGUAAAUAAUGAAAUGAAUGAUAAUAUAAUGGGUUAUGCAAAUGGUACAAUAUUUAAUAAUAACCAUAUGAAUAAUAAUAUGGUUACAAUGAACCCACUGAGUAGUUGUAGCUACAAUUUGAAUGAAACAAACAACAAUUUAUUGAACGACCCGCUGAACAAUAACGUAAGGAUGUUUAAAGAGAAGCUUGCAAAUGCUCACUAUGUGAAGACUAAGAAUUAUACAAGGAAUUUAAAGGAAUAUCUAUAUAUGAACAUGCCGAAAGAUAAGAAUCCUUUAAAUUAUUCGAAGAAAAAGAAAAAGACUUUCUUAAAUAGAAAUUAUGUAACUUUUAAUGUGGAAGUAAAUAAUCAUAACAAAUUGGUGGGAGUAAAUCACGAUAUGGUAAAAAGUGCAGAUAGGAAUAACAUGAAGAGUGUGAAUGGUAGUACAUAUAAUAAUAAUAAUAAUAAUAAUAAUAUUAAUAAUAAUAUUAGUAAUGGUAUACAUUCCUUUCAUACGAUGAAGGCAUCCUAUUAUAAUGGUUGCAACCUGAACAAGGGAGGAAGGUAUUUUAAGGUAGACAAAUAUUUUUAUAGUAAAAAGUAUAAAGUUCGAACUCAUUUUGGUGAUAACAAUGGUCAUCACAAGUACAAGCAUUUUCAAUUUUUGAAGGAUAUAAAGAUAGCAGUGUAUUGA